CGUCACAUUAUUUGUGAACAUGACGUCAUAAAAAUCUUCAACGAGUACUAGUAGACAUCAUUUUUCAUAGAAGCCGGUUGCGGCGCAAUAUUUAAGGAUUAAAUCAACGGGGAAUAGAGAAAGGACAUGGGUCACCUGCUUAAACCACUGAUCCUGAUAGUGUGUAUGCUGAUUUUUAAAGCAACACUCCAGAAAGAUGAUAAGUGCGAAGCUGGUUCAAGGGAAUGCCCGAAGCCAAAACGAAUCAAGCGAUCCGGUACCCCAUGUUUUACACUUGAAGCGUCCGUUGUAACUGACCACACAGUUUGGAAUUUUUUUGGUUCUCUAUUUCCCGCUCUUAAUGUUUCACAAAGGGAACAAAACAUCACCAAUCACUUCCGGAGGGUCUACGCAGAGGGUAAUACGAGACUAUCACAUUGGAGGGAUUACGCGACAGAACUGGAAAGACAAGGGAGCGCAUGUCCGGUGAAGUGUUUUCGUGUCUAUCCACGCAUAUUUCACAUACAGAAGAUUGACAGCACUGAUUGGUCUUCUACCGUGCAACUCGGAGAUGGCAAGCAGUACGUUGUUAAUGUAGGUGGCUGCGAGAAUGCGGCAUCUAAUGGAGCUGAUGUGAUGCAUUGCUGGACAAGGCUAGAUAUAGCAUUAGUCGACGCUGUAAGCCAAAAACCCCUCACUUACUACAGAGCCCUAGGAAAUCGCGGCAUAUGUCAACCAUCGUCAGUGCACGCACUCGAGGCUUUAGGUCACGGCGAGGACUUUAUGGUGGCACACGCAGUCCUCCAAGCACAGGGUAAUCCUGGAAGCAAUCUGUGCUAUUUCUGGGACCGGGGAAAUGAUUUGUUUCCUUGGAUAAGCGCAGUCCAACCAAACCCAGUGUUUGCGCAAUACCUGACUUGCAUGAUGAGUGUGUGUAAUUAUAUCACGCUGCAGCCUGGUUCCUCGUGUGCCUUUCAGAAUUCGUUUUCCAGUGCCGAGUGGGAUGCUUUUAUUUCUUUAAACAAAACGGCGGUACCGUAUAGAUAUGACACUGUGUGCAAACUCAACAUGGGGCUUACUGCAAGACACAGUGGCCAAACGACUUACCCGCGGUAUAUGUGCAAGGUGGGGAUCCCGUGCAGCGAUGGGAACAACAAUGUUCGCUAUGUCUCUGUCCUGAGUAACACCCGGUGCGAGCAACAGGAAGGAAUGAUUUGCAGAAAAGGAUGGUGCGAGUGGAAAGAUCUCGGUGAGCUUGGCGGCCAUUGUUUUAGUGAUGAAGACUGCCUCACAGCAAAUACAUUAUGCAAUUGCCAUAGGUGCGAGUGUCGUCGUGCCUUUCGCCUUUCGAACAAUUCCUGCGUCCCUUUUAAAAAGAUCAAGUGUGCAAGCGGCUGGCUACAGUACGGCUACCUAUGCUUUUACAUCAACCAUGAUCUGCUCCUCUGGCAGCCGGCGCUGGACGCAUGCAGAACGUGGCAUGGAACACUUGUUGAGAUAGAUGAAAUUGGCAAAACGGAGUUUUUUGUAAGCCUUCUACAGUCUAACGAUACUGUGGACUAUUUCACAGGCGGCAGAUACAACCCAACUUCACGAAGAUUUGAAUGGGUCGGCAGCAAGACCAAUAUAGUCUACAACAACUGGAACAAUGGUCACACUAAUAUGAGUUCCACGGAUUCAUGUCUCGUCGUUCUGAAGCAUGGGCACUUCAUAUCUAAGUCGUGUUCUGUGGCAUUCAAGUCCAUAUGUCAACGGUUAUCUCCGACCUUUGAUGAGCUGGGGCCUAAUGAAGGUUAUGUGAUCGACCAAUGAAACUUGAUUGUGCUUCAUUUGAAAUUAUGAUUUUUGUCUUGAGAGUUUCUUCUAAAGUUCAAAUGACAUUGUGUUUUGAGUUAUUAUAGCGACCUCUAAAGUUCAUAUGGCAUUGUGUUUUGAGUAAUUAUAGUGACCUUAAAAGUUAAAAUGAGAUUGUAUUUUGAGUUAUUAUAGUUACCUCUAAAGUUCAUAUGACAUUGUGUUUUGAGUAACUAUAGUGACCUCUAAAGUUCAUAUGGCAUUGUGUUUUGAGUUAUUAUAGUGACCUCUAAAGUUCAUUUGACAUUGUGUUUUAAGUAAUUAUAGUAACCUCUAAAGUUCAUAUGGAAUUGAUUUUUUAGCCAAAUAGUGACCUCAAAGGGUCAUAUGGAAUUGUGUUUUGAGUCAUUAAAUAGACCUCUAAAGUGAAUAUGACAUUGUGUUUUGAGUUAUUAUAGUGACCUCUAAAGUUCAUAUGACAUCGUGUUUUAAGUAAUUAUAGUGACCUCUAAAGUUCAAAUGAAUUGUGUUUUGAGUUAUUAUAGUGACCUUUAAAGUUCGUAUGAUAUCGUGUUUUGAGUCAUUAUAGUGACCUCUAAAGUUCAUAAUAAUGACAUUGUGUGUUUUGAGUCAUUAUAGUGAUCACUAAAGUUCAAAUGACAUUGUGUUUUGAGUCAUUAUAGUGACCUCUAAAGUUCAUAUGACAUUUUGUUUUGAGUUAUUAAAGUGACCUCUAAAGUUCAUAUGACAUCGUGUUUUGAGUAAUAAUAGUGACCUCUAAAGUUCUAAUGAAUUGUGUUUUGAGUUAUUAUAGUGACCUUUAAAGUUGGAAUGAUAUCGUGUUUUGAGUCAUUAUAGUGACCUCUAAAGUUCAUAAUAAUGACAUUGUGUGUUUAUAUUUAUUAUAGUGACCUCUAAAGUUCAAAUGACAUUGUGUGUUUUGAAUCAUUAUAGUGACCUCUAAAGUUCAUAAUAAUGACAUUGUGUGUUUUGAGUCAUUAUUGUGACCUCUAAAGUUCAUAAGGCAUUGUGUUUUGAGUCAUUAUAGUGACCUCUAAAGUUCAUAUGACAUUGUGUUUUGAGUCAUUAUAGAGAGACCUAUAUUGUUCAUAUGGCAUUGUGUUUUGAGCCAAAUAGUGACCUCAAAAGGUCAUAUGAACUUGUGUUUGAGUCAUUAUAGAGACCUCUAAAGUUAAUAUGACAUUGUGUUUUGAGUCAUUAUAGUGACCUCUUAACUUCACAUGGCAUUGUUUUUUGAGCCAAAUAGUGACCUUAAAAGGUUAUAUGAUGUGUUUUGAGUCAUUAUAGAGACCUCUAAAGUUCAUAUGACAUAAUUAUAGAGACCUCUAAAGUUAAUAUGACAUUGUGUUUUGAGUAACUAUAGUGAUCUCUAAAAGUCAUAUGCCAUUGUUUUUUUGAGCCAAAUAGUGACCUCAAAAGGUCAUAUGGAUUUGUGUUUUGAGUCAUCAUAGAGGCCUCUAAAGUUCAUAUGACAUUGUGUUUUGAGUCAUUUUAGUGACCUUUAAAGUUCGUAUGAUAUUGUGUUUUGAGUCAUUAUAGAGAGACCUCUAUAGUUAAUAUCACAUUGUGUUUUGAGUAAUUGUACUGACCUCUUUAGUUCAAUUGACAUUGUGUUUUGAGUUAUAAUAGUGACCUCUACUUUGAGUUUUGAGUCAUGGUAGUAAACUCUUUAGUUCAAAUGACAUUGUGUUUCGAGUCAUAAUAGUGACCUGUAAAGUUCAAAUAAGUUUCUGUUUUGCGUGAUUGAAGUAAAUUGUUUAGUUAAAAUGACAUUGUGUUUAGAGUCAUUAUACUGACCUUUACUUUGUGUUUUGAGUUAUUAUAGUAAACUCAUUAGUUAAAAUGAGAUUGUGUUUAAAUAAUAAAAGUUAGUUCUCAAUGGUUCAUAUGACAUUGUGUCUUAAAUCAUGAAAGUGGUUUGUUAAUUGUUAAAGUUACACAGUGUCUUGUCGGUUAAGUAAAAUAUAAAUUGUUCGUACGACAUUGUGUGUGUUUUUUUGCAUUAAAGUAUCCUCCCAAGUUCAAAUUAACCCAUAUAUGCCGAGUGGACUCUCCCAUCAUUCUAAAUUGAAUCAAUUUAUUUCCAAAAUAAGGGAUGUCUUGUAUACUUAUUUCUAUAUUUAGAAUAUUUCUUACGUAAAUUCCUUUAAGCAAACAGCGCAGACCCUGAUAAGACGCCGUAUCAUGCGGUGUCUCAUCUGAGUAAACGCUGUUUGCCAAGGCCUUUUUUCUAGAUGCUUGGCAUAAUUGGGUUAAAUUGUCUUCAGUAAUGAAAGUUACCUCUAAAUUUUUCAAAUGACAUUACGUUUUGAAUCGUUAAAAUGGCUUAUAUAUUGUUCAUGUUAUAUUGUUUAAUGUUUCGUUUAAGUGAAAUUAAAAAUGUUCAAGUUAUAA